AUGUUCUCCAAUGCCGCACCCUCAACACCAGCUGUCCCCUCUCGCAAUGCCUUGCGUGUCCUCCGCCAAUUGGCCUUUGCAGGAUCCGUGGGAACCUUCUGUACCGUCGCCGCUAUAACCUACGAUGUCCACCGGCGAAUUCGUGUGGCUGAGCAAAUCAUCGAAAACAAACGUACGAUCCGGACCUCGGCGCCGAAUUAUGAUGCCACGGCUUCUGCCAAACGUCUUGCGGUUAUGAUGGAGGCAGCGGAAGCUGGUGAGUUUAUGGGUCUCGAAUCUUUGAAGGACAGGGCUUCAUUACAGAAUAAGACUGAGGUUCCUGGGCAUGGUUUGGACCGAAGCUCUCUUGGUGGUGACGGGGUAGCAUUAUCUGCUUCUCAUCCUGUUCGGUCACAAGAUAGUCCAGCCCCGCGGGCUUUGAAGCCUCAUGGUCGUUCAUACAAUGUCCCAUUGAGCUAUGCGGAUCCGAAGAGCAAACACGACAAUCGAGUUGCUAUAGAUCGAGAAGCUGAACAGGAUGAGGUACGUCGGGCUGCAGGGAAGCCUACAUUCGAGGAAUCAAUAAAUAGGCUUCUUGGCAAGGGGAAGCCCAUAGAAGCUGCGAAUCUGUUUUUGAAAGUUGUCCUGCCGAGGAAGGACGAAGCGAUAUCGUGGGGGCGGCGAGCACUUGGUUAUGAAAUUUUCAGGGUCAACUGCAAGGCUGGCAACACAUAUAUUGCGCGAUCGAUUUAUCUUCGCCUUGAUAAGGUGUCUGUCAUGGACACGCAGAUGUGGUCUUCCAUGAUUCAUUUGCUUGCAAGAGAAGGUCACGUCGAAUCUGCAGCUGCGAUCUUCGAACAACAUCGAUCAACAUUCACACUACCCGAGUACCUUUUAGAAGUCACUUUGCGGUGCCUGCUUGAGUCCAACCGGCUAUCUCAAGCUAAGCGGCUCUUCUACUCGCGCAUUGAACAUGACCGCAAUGGAGGUCUUUGCGGUACCUUUCUGGACGGAUUAUGGAAAAAGACCCGGAAUGUUGACGUGGUCAAUAUAGAAUUCCGCAAGAUUAUCACAGAGCUCAACAAAUUGGGACGACAGCCAACUGAGAAGGUCUUCAAUGGCCUGGUAAAGGCGUAUAUUGAAGCAGGUCAAUACGAAGACGCGGAAGCUAUAGUUGGGGACAUGGAGGAAAAGUACGGUGCCAAGCCUGGAUGCCGUACCAUUGGUCUUUUGUUACAUUGCAGAGCUCUGCAAUGUGAUUGGGAGGGUGUCAUCGUUGGAUUGCACAAGAUGCAUGAGCGAGGAUUCACCAAAGACAAACCCAACUUCAACCGAGUAUUUGAUCGUGUCUGGGCAGAGUAUUGGCCUUCUCACUCUGGUCCCGAUAAUUGGAAGUUCCUCCAAACCUACUUGCAAGAGUUCGACAUUCGGCCUGAUAAUGUUCUCCACCGACACUUGAUUGAGGGAAUGGUGGAACGAUGUGACACUGAGACACUCCGGAAAUUCCACAUGUUUACUGAUGCGCGAAAAUGGAAUACCGGAAUUGAUCACGAUGCAAUGCUCAGGAUUUUAGAGGCACGCCGAGUAGCUAUGCAAGAUAGUCCGACGGGUUUUUGGCAAAUGUUCCAGGCGGCGAAGAAACAACACGGAAUGGUCGCUAUGUCUAGACGUAUCAUGGGUGUUGGCGCCGGAUACUAUCACAUUGAAAAGAAUGGAACAUCACCAAUCCGCUACGAAGCCAAGAAGUCUUUCUCUCGGAGCAUGAAGGGUCUCGGCGAAAAGAGCUCCAUCAAUCUUUACGUUCCCGCCACCAAAAGAAUGGCGCAUCAUAUUCAUGUCGGCAAAUAUACAGAUGCAAAGCAACUUCUCCAACAAGCCGUUGACAAAGGAUACCCUGUCAAGCCGAUCCAAAUACAACUCGGUGUCAUUGCGACUCUGCUCCACGGAGGCCUAGGCGGUCUUUCCGAAGCCCAAAACAUGAUCAAGAAGCUAUGGUCCUCGUGGAACAAACGCCCAUCCCUCAACUAUUCUCAACGCAGCCCGCGCUUCGUCCCAAUCUUUUUCCAGCAGAUCAUGCAACUGGACCCAUACCGUGUAAGCGAAAGCACCUUAAUCAAACUGGCUCUUUUCGAAUUCUACGAAAUCUGCGUCGAAAACGAAAGACUCCAGUUCAAACACCAUGCUUCCAACGCCGUCGCCCGCCGCAUGAUCGCCCUACAACGACCCCUCGUCGCAGUCAACCUCCUCUCAGCAAUCUACAUAUCCAAAUGGCGCAAAGCCUACGGCUUCACUCAAGUUCAACUCAAAAUGCUCAUCCGCGGCUACACCUGGAUCAACAACCCCCGCGGUCUAUGGUGGUGCAUGAUGACCGUCCUUUCCCGCAACGAACCCGUCAGUCGCGAUUUCGUCGUCGAAGUCGAACGCUUAAUGCCCCUCAUCCAGGAAAAACAUCUUCCAUCUACCGUGGAGACCUUGCAAGCUCUCUUAACUGCUUUGCAAGAGAAACAAAGCGGAUCCAGUCACUGGGCACAGUUCACGGUUGAUCCGGAACUAAAGAAGCAGGGACGUGAUCGAAUUUCCGUUGCGCCUGGUAAAAGUCAAGAGUUGCCUGAUGUUCUGUUGGAAGAGGCGCUUGUCGCGUUUGAUGAGGAGAUGGAGUUUGAACAUGUCAUUGAUCGGAAACAGUUCGAUCAGGAUGAGUUGAAUUUGUGGUGGAGUGAGCGUAUGACUGUGAAGUCUCAUCGCAGACAGCCGGAACAUCCUUUAUACCCCGAACAUCCUACAACAAGGGUGAUGUAA